AUGUCUACGAAUUCGGGUAAUUGGAGUCAAUUAUUGGUUAACAAAGUUGUGUUUAUAACUGGUGCUGCUGGACAUAUUGCAAAAUCUAUAGCUAAGACAUGCUACAUGCAUGGAGCUCGUCUAGUUUUAGGUGAUUUAGAUCCAACAAAAGUUAACAAAGUUAAAGAAGAAAUAAUUACAAAUGAAAAUGACACUGAUGAUCGAAUAUUUGUUGUAAAACUUGAUGUUACUAAUGAAACAAGUAUUCAACAAGCAGUUCAAGCAACUUUAGAUAAAUGGAAUACAAUUCAUGUUCUUCUUAAUACUGCAGCAAUUGUCACUUUAGGAAAUAUCGAAGAAAUAUCAGGUGAAGAUUGGUCUCAUAUAUUCGAUGUUAAUGUACGUGGUUAUGCUUUAACAGCAAAACAUAUUGCACCAAUAAUGAAAAAACAAAAUAGUGGAUCAAUUGUUAAUAUAUCCAGUACUUUAGGUUUAAUUGCUAUUCCUGAUUCUACACCAUAUUCAGCAACUAAAGGUGCUAUUAUUCAAUUAACACGAAAUCUGGCUCUUGAUUUAGGUUCAUUUAAUAUUCGUGUAAAUACAAUCAGUCCUGGUUCCAUUGACUCACCAGGACGUACUCAAUUAGCUAAAGAUAGUAAUAUGACAAUAGAAGAAAUGAAUGAAAAAUGUAUGGAAGGAAGUUGUUUAAAACGAAUUGGUCAAGCACAAGAUAUUGCUAAUUUAAUUAUUUUUGUCAUUUCUGAUCUAUGUCCAUUUAUGACUAGUGCUAAUUUAGUUGUUGAUGGUGAAAAUUUAUCAAAUGAACUUUUGUACGAAAUAUUGGAAAAGCUUGAUACUUGUGAUAUACAUAAAUCAUUUUCAAACCUUAAUAAUCGUUUACAAAAUCUUAUCACUUCUUCGUCACUUUUACUUCGAAUAAAACUUGAAUUAGAAUCAAAAUCUCUACCCGAAUAUCUUUGUCAACAUGUUAUUAUUCCAAAUUCACAUCGUAUUCGUUCACUUCAUUUGACUAAUCAAUUAUCGGUUGAUACGUUCUUUAAUCAUUGUACUAUUGAUUCAACAUUUCAUCGUCUUGAAUCAAUUAUUCUCAAUGGAAUCGAAGCAGAGAAACUACCUACCACUCUUUUUGAUUUAAAAUCUUUACCGCGUCUCUUUUCACUAACCAUUUUUAUAAAGGAUAAUUAUUAUCAUGAUCGUGGGGAUAUUUAUCCAUUCAUUUUUUCUUUACCUACAUUAACAUAUAGCAAACUAUAUUCAUCGUGUCAUACAUUACAAAUUAAUAUUCCACAUGUAAUCAAUCAACAAUUUAGUACAAUCGAACAUCUAGUUAUUAAUCAUUGUUGUACUCUUAAUGAACUAAAUUCUCUACUUCAACACACACCACAACUUCGUCAUCUGUCUUGUGAUCAAAUGUUUAAAUCAGAUGAAGAAUUCCAAAAAGAUCUAUCGAUGAAAUUACCACAUUUAAAAUAUAUUUAUUUUCAAAAUUUUGAUGCUUCGUUUGAUGAAUUUGAAGAGUUUAUUAAGGAAAUAUCGUCUCAAUUACAAAUAUUCAGUAUUAGUAUACUUCGGAAAAAAACUUAUCUUGAUGGUGAUCGUUGGGAACGAUUAAUUAAAGAAUAUAUGCCUCAAUUAAAAAAAUUCUACUUUCAGUUUGAUCAGUAUUUUGAUGAUGAUAGGGAGAUAAAUUUAAGUGAUUUAACCGAUGAAUUCAUUAAUCAAUUUAGUUCACCAUUCUGGAUUGAACGAAAAUUGUUUCGCGAGAUACAAAUAUAUUCUAGAGUAUCGACUUUUUCAAUUCAUCCAUAUAGAAAAAAAUGGAUUGAUCGUCAUGAGCAUAUGAAUAAUGACACGUAUUCGAAACAAAAUUCGACAGAAGAUAAUUAUAUUACUAAUCAAGAAAAAACUGACCAUCGCAUUAUACAAUUGACUAUUGGGAAUAAUGAAUAUACCACACUUGAUAGGCUAUAUAUUGAGAGAUUAAAAUCUGCCGUUAAAGCGAUUCAAUUCACUCAUUUAGAUAUAGAUAACGAUGUCAUGUCUAUUAAGAUGUUACUCGAUAUUUUAUCUUCAUUGCCAAAUAUUGAAUCAUUAAAACUCUCAUCUAUACCAAUAGUUAAGUUAGAAUCUUUAUUUAUUGAACAUACCAAAAAUCAUCUAUCAGUAUUGGCUAUUAACAAAAUAACAAAAGUCAAACUUGGUCAAGUUACAGAAGAACAAGAAAUUGAAUUUUUUAUCAAUCUUUGUCCACAUAUGCAAUAUCUUGAAGUAGAAUGGAUAUCAGAUACUGAUGUUCCGUUAUUUAUGAAAUUUAUUAUGAAUCGAAGGACACGUAUUCCUAAUCUCUGCUGUCUGUGCUUCAUUAAUCCUAUGGCAGAUGAAAAUAUGGUUAGAACUUUAGCAAUGAUAAUCGAUUCCGAGACAACUAUUGAUAAGUAUACAAUUCAGCGCAGUGGCAACAAAAUAAGUGUGCAUUGGACAUUAUAA